CAGCAGCGACCGGCCCGGCGCGCCCGCGGACGAGCCGCGGCGGCAGAGCGGACGCUGCUCGCCACCGCCCGAGCCCAGGUUAUUUUGAACACCACAUGUCUAACAACUUUCCUUGCAACGUUAUCCAAAACGUAUGUUUUUCACUGCCUCCAGAAAAUCAAAAUCGCUCUGGAAAUUGGAGACAUAUUUGAUUUAAAAGAAAAAACUUGAACAAAUGGACAAUAUGUCUAUUACGAAUACUCCAACAAGUAAUGAUGCCUGUCUAAGCAUUGUACAUAGUUUGAUGUGCCAUAGACAAGGUGGAGAGAGUGAAACAUUUGCAAAAAGAGCAAUUGAAAGUUUGGUAAAGAAGCUGAAGGAGAAAAAAGAUGAAUUAGAUUCUUUAAUAACAGCUAUAACUACAAAUGGAGCUCAUCCUAGUAAAUGUGUUACCAUACAGAGAACGUUGGAUGGACGACUGCAGGUGGCUGGUCGGAAGGGAUUUCCUCAUGUGAUAUAUGCCCGUCUCUGGAGAUGGCCUGAUCUUCACAAAAAUGAACUAAAACAUGUUAAAUAUUGUCAGUAUGCAUUUGACUUAAAAUGUGACAGUGUCUGUGUGAAUCCAUAUCACUAUGAACGAGUUGUCUCACCUGGAAUUGAUCUCUCAGGAUUAACGCUGCAGAGUAAUGCUCCACCAAGCAUGUUGGUGAAGGAUGAAUAUGUUCAUGACUUUGAGGGACAGCCAUCAUUAUCCACUGAAGGACAUUCAAUUCAAACCAUCCAGCAUCCACCAAGUAAUCGUGGAUCAACCGAGACAUAUAGCACCCCAGCUCUGUUAGCCCCAUCUGAGUCUAAUGCUGCCAGCACCACCAACUUUCCCAACAUUCCUGUGGCUUCCACAAGUCAGCCUGCCAGUAUACUGGCAGGCAGCCAUAGUGAAGGACUGUUGCAGAUAGCUUCAGGGCCUCAGCCAGGACAGCAGCAGAAUGGAUUUACUGGUCAGCCAGCUACUUACCAUCAUAACAGCACUACUACCUGGACUGGAAGUAGGACUGCACCAUACACACCUAAUUUGCCUCACCACCAAAACGGCCAUCUUCAGCACCACCCGCCUAUGCCGCCCCAUCCCGGACAUUACUGGCCAGUUCACAAUGAGCUUGCAUUCCAGCCUCCCAUAUCCAAUCAUCCUGCUCCUGAAUAUUGGUGUUCCAUUGCUUACUUUGAAAUGGAUGUUCAGGUAGGAGAGACAUUUAAGGUUCCUUCAAGCUGCCCUAUUGUUACUGUUGAUGGAUACGUGGACCCUUCAGGAGGAGAUCGCUUUUGCUUGGGUCAACUCUCCAAUGUCCACAGGACAGAAGCCAUUGAGAGAGCAAGGUUACACAUAGGCAAAGGUGUGCAGUUGGAAUGUAAAGGUGAAGGUGACGUUUGGGUCAGGUGCCUUAGCGACCAUGCGGUCUUUGUACAGAGUUACUACCUAGACAGAGAAGCUGGGCGUGCACCUGGAGAUGCUGUUCAUAAGAUCUACCCAAGUGCAUAUAUAAAGGUCUUUGAUUUACGUCAGUGUCAUCGACAGAUGCAGCAGCAAGCAGCCACUGCACAAGCUGCAGCAGCUGCCCAGGCAGCAGCUGUGGCAGGAAACAUCCCUGGCCCAGGAUCAGUAGGUGGAAUAGCUCCAGCGAUCAGUCUGUCAGCUGCUGCUGGAAUCGGUGUUGAUGACCUUCGUCGCUUAUGCAUACUCAGGAUGAGUUUUGUGAAAGGCUGGGGACCGGAUUACCCACGACAAAGUAUCAAAGAAACGCCUUGUUGGAUUGAGAUUCACUUGCACAGGGCUCUCCAGCUCCUGGAUGAAGUACUUCACACCAUGCCCAUUGCAGACCCACAGCCCUUAGACUGAGGUCUUUCACUGUCAGGGCCCUAACAUUAUCAGGAUGGUGGACUAUAAAAUGCAAUCCUGUUUAUUAUCUGAAGAUAUAUUUCACUUUUGUUCUGCUUUAUCUUUUCAUAAAGGGUUGAAAAAUGUGUUUGCUGCCUUGCUCCUAGCAGACAGAAACUGGAUUAAAACAAUUUUUUUUUCCUAUUUAGAACUUUUCAGGCAUGGCUCAGAGCUUGAAGAUCAGGAAAAACGCAUUCUUACUAAAUCUUUACCAGUUGUGUAUGAAAGAGUCAUUCCAAUGCUGGAAAAUUUAGCCCUUUAAAAUGUCUUAGAGCCUUUUAUAUGCAGAACAUUGAUGUGUGUGUUAUUCUACAAAAUAAAUUCAAUAUUGCUGAUUUUAAAGGCAGAGAAGUGCUCAAAGUUAAUUCACCUAUAUUAUUUUGUGUGCAAAUUGUUAUUGUUGGACAAACUUUACUCCAAAAUAUUGUGCCAUGUGGGUGAGUUAAUUUUACCAAGAGCAACUUUAUUCUGUAUUUAACAAAUAAAAUAGAAAUGUAUUAUAACCUUUUAUCCAAAAUAUUUUUUUGCGAGUUAAACUAGUGAGGUGAUUUCAAUUCAGAUUGUCUUGCAACUCAAUUUUCUUUUGACAAGGCAAAACACUAAUCUGAGUGUGUAUUAAGAAUUCUUUAAAAUUACUAGACAAAAAUGUCAUUUAAAAUUACAUUUGUUAUCCCUAUUGGAUGACUAUCAGGGAGUAUACUUUUCCCCUAUUAAGCAGUAGGUAUGUUCGUCUAUAUACUAGGCACAAGGUUGGUUACUUUGGCCUAGAAGAAGAAUUUCUUUUCCUUCAUUAAUUCAUAGGGAAAAGUUUUGUAUUUUUAAAAACACUAAAAGCAGUGUCACUCAACAUAGUAUUUCACUGUUCUGCAAAGGUGACAGUGCUUAAACUAAAUGAAUAUUUUGGAAACUGGUAAAUUCUGUGUUAAAUACUGUGCAGAAUAAUGGAGACAUUACAUACAGUUCAUACUAGGUAGUUUGGAUAUUUUUGUACUUGAUUUGAUGUGUGACUUUUUUUUCAUAUACUGUUUAAAUCAUGUAUGUUAUGAUAUUGUUUAAAAUUCAGUUUUUGUAUCUUGGGGCAAGACUGCAAACUUUUUUAUACCUUUUGGUUAUUCUAAGCCCUUUGCCAUCAAUGAUCAUAUCAAUUGGCAGUGACUUUGUAUAGAGAAUUUAAGUAGAAAAGUUGCAGAUGCAUUGACUGUACCACAGACACAAUAUGUAUGCUUUUUACCUAGCUAGUAGCAUAAAUAAAACUGAAUCUCGACAUACAAA